AUGACUUCGUCCCACAUCUUUAGAAGUUCGCCCGUUGAUAUCCUUCGGCCACGACGCUACUUCCUUUCAUCCCACGAAACUGGCGGCUCACAAGGUAUCUUUAUGGAAGGCCCUUUUCCUCAGGGUCCCGAAUCUCCCACUUUUCGCAAAGUUCCAGACUCCGUGCCGCCUUCUUCGGCCCGCUCGCAUCCCGUCUCCAUCUUCUCAAAGCCAGACGACGUCAUAACAGAUCCAAAUCUACCAUCAGUCGCCAACGCCAGUCUGCGUGCGUCUCCCUCGUCCUUCAUGGAAAGGUCAAGGCAUCUGUCGCCGCAUCUGACGUCUGCAGCGAGUAAUCCCGAUCAGCGCGGAGAAGGGGAGCAGCCCAAGAACACCACUCAUCACAGUACCCUACAAACCGCGCGCGAGGCUCUCGGCGCCGUGAUGGAGGCAAAUCGUGAUGAAUCGGAGAACGUCGACGCCCCUCCGACUGGAGCUGCGUCUCACCCCACGGAGUCCAAGUCGCUUCAUCGAUCAACAGAAGAUGAGCGUACAGAACAACGGCAGAAACAGCAACCGCAACACCGCGCCAGCCCCACUGCACUGCCCGACGCCUAUGGUAAUGGAGAUAACCCGGGUACCCUGAUGAAUAGCGCGACAGUGGCGAGCCCAGGCCCGAUUGAAGAGGAUAAUCCACUGGAGGAAGGAUCUCACCGUAGGGAGGAAGAAUCUGUGCUUGAAGAUAGCAACAGCAAAGCCUUUUCUUAUCCUGUACCCAUGCCAAGUCCAAAUCUCAACGACCCACGCCGGGGAAUGAGUCUUCCGCAUUCUGGCUUGAGCAAAGCAGGCCCACGCUCUCCGUCUGCCAAAAAGCAUCGCUGCCCUUAUUGUUCUACGGAAUUUACACGUCACCAUAACCUAAAAAGCCAUCUACUCACGCACAGCCAGGAGAAACCUUAUGUCUGCCAGACCUGUCAAUCGCGUUUCAGGCGCCUACAUGACCUCAAACGACACACGAAGCUCCAUACCGGCGAACGUCCUCACAUAUGUCCCAAAUGUGGCAGACGGUUUGCUCGAGGAGAUGCUCUAGCAAGACACAACAAAGGUUCGGGAGGCUGCGCGGGAAGGAGGUCGAGCAUGGGUGGUUUUGGUGUCGAGGAAGAAUAUCCUGAACAGGGUGGUACCUCAGGGGUGGUGCAGGCAGAUGACGCAAUGGAAGGAUUGAUGUAUACAGAGCCAGAGCGCAUGGAUGAAGAAGAAGAGAGACGUUUGAGUAUACCCAGCAUCAGGAAGGAUAACGUUACGCCCGAGCCACACUCACAGACCUCCGCGAGCCGCCACGUCUCUUUUACGUCUCAUCAAUCGAGCACGUAUCCCCCAUUAGGCGGCAAUCGCUCGCCCGGUGGUCUUUUCCCCCCCGUUGCCAGCCAUGCAGGCUCCGCAUCGCCUUCCCCGAUAUCACCGUCCUACCCGCCCGGCAGCAGCGGAUCUUCCUCCUUCAACCCUGCCCAUCAAGGCUCUUCUCCAUCAAUAUUUGUGCAGACCACCAUGACGGAAAGCCCAAAACCAUUAUCUCCCAGCGCCCUUUCACCGCAUCAGCUCAGCCAUGGUCAUGAAACGAAUACACUGCCUCCGCCAUCGCAACCACAGCAGCAGCUCACUCCAGGCCACUCUCCCAAUCUAAAGCCACAAUUCCAGCAAGGUCAGUCGCCAUAUAACCGAAGCCGUCAGGGCUCGGGAGCUUCUCUUGGGGUGCCUUCGAUGACCGCACCGGGUCCGCUGAGCCUCCCUUCGCCACAGCCCGGCACGCCCCAUCUUCCGCCUCCUCCCGGCCUAAAUCCUCCCGACUCGAGGUUUACCCUCCAUAGCCAGUCCCAGGGAUCAGUGUCUUCCAUACACUCCGUUAACAAUCGCACGGACCCGCAUAUGCAGCAAGCCCGUUCUCCCCAUACCACUUCGACGACAGACAUGAAUAAUCCCGACAGCAAUAAUAUUAAUACUAAUAUCUUCUCACAACAGCGACAGUCUUCUCUUCCAGGUGUGAGUAAUCUUUCGGUUAAUGAUCGGAUUUGGGAUUACGUGCGGUCUCUGGAGACACGCAUGAAUGGUUUAGAGGCGGAAGUCGGUCGCCUACGGGAACAGCUUGCCAGCACCGGCGGGAACACUUCAGCUUCCGGCGCCAACGGGGCAUAACUGCACCACAUUCGAAUGCGAGAGUUUUUCCAUCAGCCGCAUCGAGCUCUUGUUUUAUCCCAUUUCCGCCUAAGGAUAUUGCUGAUCCUAUGACACUGCUGUCGAGAGUCGUGGCGCGAACAUCGGCAGUCUCUACGGAUUGCGAACAUCAUAAGGCGCAGAGUUUAUCGGUCCUAACUAUGCCGCAGUUACCGCCGGGGCGAUUCGGUCCCCUGGCUCCCUCCUGAAGCUUAGCUCGGGUCGCUGCUGCAUGGGUGUGAUCUACCGUUAUCACGUAUCUGCGAGUAUGGCAAUGAGACAAUUCGAUCCAAAGUCGUGCUCAAAAAUACCUUGUAUUGAGAGAGAGAGAGAGAGGAGGGCAUCGGGGGGCAUCUUUGAAAAAAAGAAAAAAAAAGCAAUUGCACGGAAAUCAAUUGCGUUCUAAUCCAAAUCUAUUUUAUCGGUCUACAUUGUUUCCUAGCUAUCUUUAUGCAAUUCGACCAAAUACCCAUUUUCUUUUUCCUUUUUCUCUUCAAUGCUUAAUAUGUCCUUGACGCGUCGUACGCCCGGUUUGCUCCAUGUCUCUCCGUCUCUCUCCAGGUGUCUACACUCACACAGGGCCGACCUGGCAUCCCCCUUCUUUUUUUUUUUUUUUUUUAACAAAAAUCGGUAGGCUGGACGGGAUCCUUUUUUGCUUACAGCUGGUCAUUUCUUUAUAUUUUCUCGCCCCGCUUUGACAACCUAAGGUUCUUUUCUGCGUCA